AUGGCGCUUUCUAGAUCUUCGAUUGCACCGGUUUCGAUGAAACGGGAUUCCAAAGUCUCAUUCAUGGAUACCAGCCCCGACGACUUUGAACGGCAAUCGGCUUGGGAUGAUGGACUACGGCCGUCCAAAAGAGCUAGAGCGAGCAAACCUAAAGUUAAGUCAGGCUGCAUUACAUGCAAGGCUCGUCGUGUUAAAUGUGACGAAACGAAACCACAAUGUCUUCGAUGUCAAAAGUUCGGACGAAUAUGCGAUGGUUACGCUCACGAGAUUCGAUCACGAGGGAACAUGAUGCCAAUCCAACCUAGAAUUCUAACGGCAGAUAUUUAUACUCCUAGUAUUUCUCUUGCAGCAACAGAGCAGGAAGGCCGGUACUUCCAAUAUUUCUGUGAUCGAACAGCGUAUCAAUUGCCUGGUUUCUUUGAUCCCACCUUUUGGAGUCAUAUUAUUCUUCGAGAGAGCCACAAUGUCACUCCAAUUCGACAUGCAGUAAUCGCUAUUGCAGCUCUUAACAAAGCCAUUGAAGAAGCCCCUGGACCACAUUUGAAAGUUAACGUCAUUCAAGACAUAAACCAAAAACAUCUUGAAUUUGCCGUCAUACAACAUCUCAAGGCCAUUCAAGCUUUGAACCAGUACAUAUCUAGCUCUAAUGGUCCUCAGUUGAGAACAGCGCUUAUGACAUGUUUACUUUUUGUUUGCUUUGAAACCAUCCAAGGAAGCUAUGCUUCGUCGGUGCAGCAAACUUAUGGAGGCCUGAAGCUACUAAGGAGUUAUUAUGCUGGAAAGCCUGGAUCGAAACCUUGGAUUCCGCGGCGGAUCUCAGCAGGGUUCAAUACGAACACCCAGACUGAUAAGGUUAUAGCCAAAGUUCACAGUCGUCCAGGUAUGGAUAGUUCCUCCAAAUCAGCAACUAUCUCAUCACAUAUCGAAGAGUAUCUGGAAACCGAAAAGCCGCCACUUCAAUCUGCGCAUACCCCCACGAUAGAUAGGACACCUACACCACCACAAAGGGAUUACAGUCCACGACUCGAUGUCAUGACCAUUCCAUCACAUUACAAGUCAAGCUUGACAUUGGAACAGCAACGUUCUCUAUCAGGUACACCGGUUCAAGAUUAUCCGAGUGCGUACCAUACCCCUAGUGAAUAUAUAUCCCCGAACGAACAACAAAAGCCCAAUAUUGCGAUGCCAAUUGCAAUCACUGGCAGAAGACCGUCAUCCGAUCAUUCAAUUACCAGUAUCCGCACUCCAGAGUCACUUCAUACACCCCCUUCGAUGGGUAAUACACCACCGCCUACAACCUAUAGAUCUUCCCAAUCCCCACCUGUGCUCACAAAUCCUCGAAAGCGGCCUCUUCAAUCGAGAAGUCCUACUCCUCCCAUUUUAAACAACGACUUUACGCUGGAGGAAAAUAUCAUACAAGCAUUCGUCCGUCUGGAUGGGCAAGGAUUAUUCUUCGGUAUGACACCGGGUAUUCCCCCCUUACUUUGGGACAUCCAUUCUGCACAUCACAUUCCCAUUCCAAAAGUAUUCACAAGUUUUUCUGAAGCUCAGCACUGUUGGGACUUUUUAAUGGACAGAACACUUCAAUACUAUCGAAGAACGCUGUUCGACAGGAAAUUUGCUAGUGCGAAAAGUGAUACUCCCAGCGAAAUAGCACAGCAAUAUGCGGAUUAUAUUGUCAAUAUCCCCGAAGGAAGGGUGCUUAAUCAGGCCGCUAUUGUCCUCAUAACACAUCUCAAAGCCACAGCCAUAACACUAUCGGCUGUGACGUCUACCUCAGAAAUGGUUUAUGACUCUUUCCUGAAUGACUUUCGAUACAUAGUUCGAGCUGCGGAAAAGCUCGUUACAACAUGCGAGGCAAAUCCUUCGGCUAUCAGUUCAUCACGAUUUAGCUUUGAUAUCGGGAUUGUUCCGCCAUUACAUGUAGUAGCGACCAAAUGUAGGGAACCAAACAUCAGAAGAAAAGCAAUUGAUCUGCUUUUCAGAAGUCCAAGGCAGGAAGGAAUGUGGGAUGGUGUACUAAGUGCUAGGAUUGGCCGGUGGAUAAUGAGCUGCGAAGAAGAUGGAUUGGAUGUAUCCGAGAUACUCGAACCUCCCAACACACAGCCAGACUACGGCAACCAGAGCUUCCAAUAUGGGGAAUCGGUACAAUUUCACGACGGUGUUCUAUCGCCAGGAUACUGGAACAAUGGCGAAAUAAUUAAGGAUAGAGACUUGGUCCAGGAACACUUUGCACCCUAUUCAUCACAAAGGCAAAGUUCAGUGCCACGAAUUCCUUCGCCAUAUACCCAAGCUCAUACACCGCCCAUCAGAGAACACUUCUCAAUGCCUCGACAAGAAAAAAGGGUCUGGAUGGUACCAGAAGAUAAGCGCUUUCAAUUGGUAGUUGUGGAUUUCCAUAUGCCAGAUCGUUAUAUUAUGGUCAAGUGUAAGAGAUCCUUACAGAACAAAGAUGGUACAAGAGAGGAAAGAGAAUCUAUUAUUGCUUGGUGA